AUGGAUCCUUUGACUGUCGUUCUGGGUAUAUUGUCUGUCUUGUUUUUCUUAAAACUGAUGCAUGUUUCUGACAAUGGUCCACCAGGACCUACCGGAUAUCCACUUGUUGGAAACUUCCCACUGUUUAUAUCUGGAAACAGACCGAAAUUAUUCGAUCAAUUACGACGGAAAUAUGGUGACGUGUUCAGCUUACAGUUAGGCAGUCGACGUAUGGUGGUUAUCAAUGGCUACGAGGCUCGGAAGGAAGCAUUUGUAAAGCAAGCUGAUGUCUUCUCAGAAAGGCCGACAGCCGACUACGUCUCCAUACGGUCCAGCAAUGGCAAAGAAGUCAUCGGGAAAAGCAACGGAGACGCCUUUGCCUUAGGGACAAUUGCACAGAUCAGUGUGUCAAACAUCAUUUGUAGCAUUUCAUUUGGUGAGAGGUACUCACACGAUGACCAGAAUUUCAAGAGGGUUAUGAUGAUGAUAGACAUCCAUGUAAAACUACUUUCCAAAGCGGCCAUUUCAACGUUCUUCCCAGUGGUCAGAUAUAUUCCUGGUGAUGUAACUGGGGUAGAGGCGAUGGGUACGAAUUAUGACAAUAUAAAGCGAUUUCUGCAAGAACAAAUAGACAAACACCGGGCUUCGUUUCAAAAAGAAAACGUCAGAGACCUUAUCGACGCCUUCAUAUUGGAGGAAAUGACUCGUGGGAAGACCGAUUACUUGGAGGAUGAAAAUUUGGCAAUAGUGUUAUACAAUUUGUUUGUUGCUGGAACUGAAACAACAUCUACAACAAUCAAGUGGGCCAUCUUGUAUAUUAUUUCGAACCCACACGUACAGACUAAAUUACGUAAUGAAAUUAACGACGUCAUGGGAUUGUCAAGGGCGCCAUCGAUGACGGACAAACCGGAAAUGACGUACAUGGAUGCGUUUAUGCAUGAAACAUUCCGAAUGGGUAAUUUAGUACCAUUCUCUCUACUACAUGGGGUAAAAAAGGACGUCACUUUCAAGGGUUACACUAUACGUAGGGAGGACCUUGUAGUUCAUAACCUUGAGUCUGCCUUAUUUGACGAAUCCCUGUUUGAAGAUCCUCGUACCUUCAACCCAGACAGAUUUAUCGGCGAAGACGGAAAGCUCAACGGAAAAGAACACACAGUUCUAGCAUUUUCUUUAGGAAGAAGAGUAUGUUUCGGCGAAAGUCUAGCGAGGAUGGAAGUCUUCUUGUUUCUGACGUCGCUGCUGCAAAGAUUCAAGCUUCUACCAGAAGAUGAAAAAAGCCACUUGAACCAAUAG